ACCCUGUGGAACCCGGCAAUGAAACAGUAUAAAAUGGUCCAGCUCUCUGAAAGUUUACCCAUUCAGGGACUGCACUCUUUGGCGUCGGUUGGAAUGGCUUUUGAUUACCAACAAAAUGAUUUGUUGGUCUUGAGAAUCUUUUGUGUCAGGCUAUUGUCUCCAGUCCCGAACCACAUUGAAAUGUAUUCUACCAAGAGUGGCAGAUGGAAGAAGCUGAAAAAUGAGAUGAUUUUUUAUAUUGGUGAGUUUAUUUGCAAUGCGAUUGUUAAAGGGGUGCCUUAUUGGUUGGUUUGUAUGCCUGACAAAUUUGGAGUGCGAGCUGUGUUUAUGCGCUUUGAUGUGCGCAAAGAAGUAUUUGAGAAGUUACCAUCAAUAGGAAGGCGUAGGCAGCAUCAAUUUCUUGUGGACUUGGAGGAUUCUCUAUGUAUGUUAGAUUGGGAUCACAAAGACAAUUGCCAUAUAGAUGUUUGGGUACUAGAUGAUGUAGAUGGUUGGAGUAUGCAAUACAGUGUUGGAACGCCAUUCAGGUUUGACCAAAUCUUGGGUUGUUUGAGGAAUGGUGACGUUAUAGCUGAGAAUGAUAAAGGAGUGGUAUUCUUGUGUGAUUCCAUAACUAGUUCAGUCAAGGAGAAAUUCAGCCUUGAUACUAAGGAGGGAUCAUAUGUGGUUGUUGACUAUUCAGAGAGCCUAUUUCUGUUCGGAGGGAUGCUACCAGUUAAGAAGCAAGAUGUUCAAGAUAAAGUGGCACGCAAAAAACUCACGAGGGCUUGCUUAAAGUUCUUGACAGGACAACCCUCAGGAAUCGUCAUGUCCUGAUUGCCCCUUUUGGCUGACCUCAGGGAUGGCAUGAAAAACUUUUUGAUGUCUUUUUAGUUGGAAGAUAGCAUGUACGUAGUGUUUUGGUGAAUUCAUGUUUGUGGUAUAAUACUUUUUUGAGUUUUUUUUCCCGCUUCGUAACAUCUAUCUUUAUGUUCCCUUCACUCGAUGUUUGCCCUGUACUUCUUUUUGUUUCGUAGUUAUUUGUCUAUGUGAACUGGUCUGACUUCAUGUGUAAACCAAAAGACUUCAAAAGAUGAUGGCCUUUACAUUAUGAAUUUGAAGGAGAUAUGUGCAAAUGCAGCUUACAUUUGUCGACAGAGUAGAGAAGAAUGUGAAUAUAUUCUGUGUUUUGAAUGAAUGAAAAAUGUACACACACUAUGCGAGGAAGUACUACUACUUGUGCUAACUACCAAUUAGUUAUCCCUAACUAACACUCUAGCUGCACACUAGCAACUCUUAUAUAAUUGAUUGCAAUGUUUCAAGUAAAAGAGCUGACUGACUUAUUAUUUCAUUAGCCACAAAGUUUUAGCAGGUAUUAGAUUAAAAAUUUAUAUUUAAUUGUCUCUUGGGAUCUGGCAUAGAAUGACCGGAAACUUUUCAUAUAUAUCUGGAGAUCACAUACAAGCAUGGAGAAGUCUUUGGAAUUCCAGUUUUCGCAAGAACCUCAAGAUCAAUGACACAUAACAAGAGCUAUGAAAACUUCCGUGAUUUCUAUUUUUGCACACACAUAAUUCCAGUUUGAAGCUGUCUAUCAAAUUCCAGUUCAGGAAAGAGUGAAAUUCAAAAGGUAUUGCAUUUGAAGAAUGAUUUGGAUCGUUGUUCAGUAAUUCGGGGUGCUACAAUAUCAUCAUCCAAAAGAUAACAUGUGCGCGUUGUUUGCCAUGAUUCACCAAAUAGAUGUGCUGUGCAUUAUACUACUGAGCAUGUAUUUGUAAGAACUGGCAAAGGGAGAAAUGGCAGUGGCAAGUCAAAAGCAUUAUACAUUAUACUACUCUUCUUCUUUGCAGCUUUCCAGUUCAUCCCUUAUUAUAUACAGCCGUCAUCACAAGUCCAAUGAUCAUGUACUCUCACAAUACGACCCGCCUGAAUAAUUUUGUGUCGGGCUAAUGACUACAGUCCCGAACCACAUUGAAAUGUAUUCUACUCUA